AUGCUCAUGCUCCCGGAUGAGCUGGGGCCGCCCUCCGCCGCGGCGGCGCGGCAGGGCGCGGCCGAGCGGGGGCAAGGCGACGUGUAUGAGGGUCGGGCGGCGCAGGCUUUGCAGGCAGACCGCGCGCGUUCGGGCAGCGGUGAGGGACCCUCGGCAGACCACAGCGGUGACAAGCAGCAGCAGCAGCAGCAGCAGGAACUGCCUCAGCUGACACAGGAGCAGACGGGGCAGCAGGCGGAAGCGGCGCGCAACGAGGACGCGGCGGCGCCGCCGCCGCCCCCGAGGCGCCUGCCGCCGCUACCACGCGCGCAGCAGCAGCAGCAGCAGCAGCAGCAGCAGCCGCAGCCGCACCUGGAAGCUCCCGUGCCUGUGGCCGCGGCCCCCUUGGCAGUGGCGCCGGCCCCACAGGCUGUCGCCGCCACCAACGGCGCCAUCGCCAACGGCGCGCCGCAGCUUCUCGGCAGCAGCGCGCGCAGCAGCAGCACCUUGAUGGACCAGCUGCACAGCACGGCGCAGCACGGGCGCGCGGGCACUCUCAACCGCGCAGUCGGCGGCGGCGGGGGCGACAAGUCGUCGUCAGGGGGCAACGCCGCGACUGGGUCUGGCUCGGGCGGGGCCUGCGCCGAAGGCGCGGGCGCCGGCAGCGCGGCGCCGGCGCAGCCCCUGGGGAUGGCCGGCGCGGGCCUGCUGCCCCGCACGCCGGGUGGGCACCACCAGGCGGCCGCGGCCGGCGCAGCGGCGCGCGUCGGCGGCGCGGGGCCGGAGCCGAUGGCGGUGGACGGCGCGGGCCCUGGAUUUGGGGCGGCGGCGAUGGGCCUUCUGCCAGAGUUUGCCGCGCCGGCCGCGGCCGCCGCGGCGGGCUUUUUCGGCGCCGCCGUCGCGGCUGCCGCCAACAACGCCGGCGGCUCGGGCGCGGCAGGCAGCAGCUCGCCGGCUGGCAAUCGGAGCGGCGGCGGUGGCGCCGGCGGGCGCGCCGCUGCGGGGCAGGCGUUGGUGAUGGGCGCGGCGGUGGGCGCCAUUCACCAGAUGAUGGCGUCUGCCCCCGCCGCAGCCGCUGCUGCGGCGGCCGCCGCAGCCGCCGUCCCCGGCUUUGCGGCUGCCAUGGUGCCCCGCGUCGCCGCCGGCGGGCUAGCCGUAGGCCCGCUUGCCGCCGCUGCGCCCGGUGCGGGCGCGUCGGCCGGCGGCGGGAGCGGCGGCGUGGGCGGCGCGGGGGCCAACGGCUCGGGCAACUGCGGCUGCGGGCUGUCUGACCCCGCAGGCCUCAGCCAGCAACAGAGCAACAGCCUUGCGCGCACCGGCGGCAACGGCCACAACGGCGGCAACGGCACGCCGGCCGCACACCGGCCCGCACAGGCGCCGGCGACAGCUGCGGCGCCGCCGCAGCCGCUGCCACAGGCGGCGCAGCAGCAGCGGCAGCUGCAGCUGCAACUGCUGCAGCGGCAGGCGCCGCACCAGCACGUGCACUACCCGCACCCCCACCACAUGCACUCUGCUGCGUACUACACUCAAUAUGCAUACGCCGCAGCAGCGCACCACCACAGCACCCACGGGACCCCGCCGGCGCCCACGGCGCCUGCAGGCCCGGCAGGCGCCGCACCGCCCCCAUGUGCUGCCACCCCGGCUGCGACGGCGACUGCGACGGGGACGGGGACGGCGACCGCGCUCGCCGCCGGCGCCGCGACGGCGGCGGCGGUCAACUCGGGGCAGGCGCAGCCCCAGCCGCAACAGUACCCGCUGCUUGCGGGCGUCGCACCACAGAUGCCUGUGCCGCCGGGCCCGUUGCCGCGGCUGCACUUGGACGUGCUGCAGCAGCACGCGCAGCACCAGUCCUGGCUGCUGAGCCAGCAGGUCCAGCUGGCGCAGCAGAUGCAGGCGUCCCAGCAGCAGCAGCACGUGUUCUGGCAGCACCACCUCCACCUGCAGCAGUGGCAGCUCGCGCAGCAGCGGGCAGCCGCGGAGGCGGCAGCCGCCGCAGCAGCGCAGCAGAGCCUGCUGCAGCCGCAGGUCGCGCAGGUGCAGGGGCCCGCCGCGUCGGGCGCUGGCGCGGCGCCGCCGCCGGCGGCGCAGCAGCAGCAGCAGUGGCAGGGGUGGCAGCAGCAGCACAUGCUGCACGCGCACCUGCAGCUGCAGCAGCACGCGCGGGACAUGCAGCAGCACCGCCACCAGCAGGCGUCGCACCAGCAGCGCCAGCAGGCGGCCGCGGCCGCGUUUGCGCACGCGAUGCAGGAGGCCAACGUUGCGGCAGAGGCCCAGGCGGCCGGCACCAUGCGGCCCCCGCCACCGCCCGGCGUGCCGCGCGGGCAGCUGCAGCAGCACGCCGCGCUCGCCGCAGGGGCAGGGGCGGGGCCGCAGCAGCAGCCGGGCUGCACAGCGCAGGGGGCAGGCGUUCCGCCGGCCGUGGCGACGCUGCCGCUGGGGGGCGCUGACGCGGGCAGCAAAGCGCCAAUCGUGACGAGCGGCAGCGGCGGCAACGGCGGCAGCGGCAACGCCGGCAGCGGCGGCCUCGCAGGCGAGGGCAGCGGCGGCGCGGGCGGCAGCGGCAGUGGCGGCGCCGGCGGCAGCGGCGGGACGGCCGCGGACCGCAGCGGCGGCGCAGCUGUUGGCAGCGGCGGAGAUGGGAGCGGCCAGGGCGCGGGCAUUACUAACAAUGGGUCGGGUGGCGCCCACGCCAGCAACCAUCCAGGCAGCGGCGCCGGCGGCAGCGGCAACAACGGCAGCGGCGGCAAUGGCGACGGCGCCAGCGGAGGCUCCGGCGGCGCCGGCGGCAGCGGCCCGGGCGGCAGCGGCGCGGGCGGCAGCGGCGCAGGCGGCAGCGGCGGCGCCGGUGGCAGCGGGGGCGCCGACGGUAGCGGCGGCCGCAACGGCAGCGGCGGGGGCGGCACCACUGGGGGCGUCCCCUGA